CGUAACGCACACGUUCCUUAAAUUAUUAUGUAAAGACAUUUACUAACAUCCUCAAGCACUUGUAUAUAUAUAUAUAGAGAAAUAUUAUUUUUGAUCGGGGUGAGCGAUACUUUAGAUUGAUUGGAUUGCGUUAGGUAAGUGUUUGCCGUAGAAAAUGUCGGGUGCAAAAGGUGUAGUGUGUUUGAUGAUCCUCGUCGUCCUGUCUCGAGUGGCAAAAGAUGUCCGCGGUCAGAGUGGUUCCUUGUUUGCACAAACGUACAGAGACCUCUUCCUUCGAGCCCAACGGAUGACUGGUAAUUUGGUGAUCCAAUAUCCGCCUAUGGAAGCAGACGACAGGAAGCAGAAAAACUAUCCAAAAUCUGUUCCGUUCAUGUGUGCAAACCAAACUGCUGAGGGCAGAUCCAAGGUCAGACCAACGAGCGUGCAUCGGUUACGACCUGGAGAUAUAGACGUCAUAGGUGCCAUAGGUGAUUCUUUGAUAGCAGGAAACGGAGCCAUGGAGGAUUGGGCUCUUGGUACCAUGAUCGAGUACAGAGGGAUCUCUUGGUGUGCCGGAGGACAAGAGAGUUGGCGUACUUACCUAACAGUUCCCAAUAUCAUCAAAGAGUUUAAUCCAAAACUGACUGGAUACUCAACGGGAACUGGGGAAUUGCUAUCCGCUCAUUCGAGAUUCAACGUCGCAUUUCCAGUUUCUGCUGACGCUGAUGCUCUGAGGCAGGCUAAGAUUUUAGUGAAAAGGAUGAAACAGGAUAGGAGUGUAGAUUUCAAGAAUGAUUGGAAGAUGGUCACUGUGUUCUUCGGCGCAAACGAUCUUUGUUCUGCUCAGUGCUUUGAUAGAGAGCAAGCAUCGCCUCCUCAGCAUGCACGGAAGUUAAUGUUAGCUUUGGAUUACUUCAGGGAUAAUCUUCCUAGAACAUUCGUCAAUCUAAUUCCAGUCAUUGAUGCAACAGUGAGUGUACGAGUGAAGAGAUCAAUGAUGUGUAGAUUAGUUCAUACAUUAUUCUGCACGUGUUUCCAUCAAGGAGGAACGGAAGACCCGAUGACUAUCAUCAUGCAAUUGGCAAGGAAAUAUCAAAAAGUCGAAGAACAAUUGGCUUUAGAUGGAAGAUACGAGAAAAAGGAGGAUUUCGCUGUUGUCCUUCAACCAUUCAUGAAAUUAUUUAAUGCCCAAACUGAUCCAGCUCACCGAUACGACGAAGUCAUAGAUAUUUCUUAUAUCACCCACGACUGUUUCCAUUUCUCACAAAAAGGACAUGCAUUAGGAGCCAACAUGCUUUGGAACAAUAUGCUGGAGCCCGUUGGAAACAAGAGCGAGAAACGUUUGAAUUACGUCCUUGAGAAGUUCAAAUGUCCAACGCAGGAAGCACCAUUCCUCUUCACGCGGAAGAAUUCUGAGAUGUAUUUAAGGACAGGAAGACAAUGGUAUUAAAUCUAUAGAAGAUUACUUAAGAACAGGAAGAUUAUGUAAAAUGUGUUAUGAUGAUUAUUUUAUAUUAAAUUAAUUGUCUCAUUUA